AUGUCUAUACCGACCGAUAUCGCCAACCUACUGAUAGGGGAGGAUGCUAAGCUUUCAAUUCACUUCGAUGAAAUUCCUCUCUGCAACGACGGACCUCACAGUGGCCCCAGGUUUUACAUGCUUUCUACAAAUCGUGCCCUGAAAGAUCACGAAAAAAAGGAAGACGACCUCCGAUACCUGUCUAGGGGCAUACAAGGUGCCAUUAGGCUAAACCAGCUACUUAAUGCCCCCGCUCAUAUCAACAAAGAAAGAGAAAGCACCGCCCAAGAUGAGGGGAAAGCUGUAAUGCGGCUUGGGGAAACCACUAUGGUUGUCGACGAAUCUUUUGAUGCGCACCCUAUUCACAGCCACAUCUGGAACUCAUUCAUGUCCAUUGAAUUUAGCUUCCCGAAGGCGGAUUUCACGUCUCUGCAAUAUCUACAAACUUCCUGGAAGGGUCUCGAAUCCGGCGAUACCCUUUUCACCAAGGAGGGAACCCCAACCUUCGAAGAAGUAUCCAUCGUUUCUGGUGUUUGUCUCUUCAAUGCACGACUGUUAGAAAUGAGUACAACGAGUCCGAAAACCGGUGGUGUUGAUGUGCAUCUGCUCAAGAAUUCAAUCCCGACAUACAAUGAACUGGACUAUAUUGCUCGCGCGUCAAGCGCCAUCGCUGACGUGGCGGCCAUGAACAUCUUUAGGGCUUGCGAGCAGGGCUCUGGACAGCGACUUAACAUCAAACUUGACAUCCCUAGCUGGCACUACUUCCAUGCAGUAGUCACAAAAUUGGCGGCAAAGCAAUGUUCGAAUACUGAAGCAUUGCAGUGGAUGGACGCAGUUGACCAACGACAUGAUCAGAUCGGUCAAGUCUUCAUGGAAGCCAUCAAAGAUGGGCUUGCGCAACGAGGAAUUCGCGACAGCACCAGCUAUAAUCUUGGCAUAACAUCCAGGACAAAUACCGCUGCGGAUUUAAUUCGAACAGCAAUUGAACAGGAGGGAGAAAUCCUUCUAUUGGAUACCAUUCUCGCCGCAUUGGACUCUGAAGAAGACGGGUGCUGGAAACGAUUCUACGAGAUGAUCCCGACCAAGGAACGACCCUCGAAUCUGGACCAGCUAGGUUAUCUGUUCUAUGUAUAUGAGGCCAUCCGGCCGGCUCUCGUCGAACGUCCCACCCCGAGACCUCCGGUAUCUGACCAAACCAAGAAAGUCAACUUGUCCAAGAAGACAUUGAAGAAGCGAAAACCUCGCCGCCUAAUCAUCAGUGUUGAUGACUCGGCGGAAAGACGCAUUUACUCUAGAGCGCAAAGGAUACUCAGCAAGAUUCGACAGUCUAGCGAACUGCCUGAGACUUACUUGGUAGAGUCAUACGUUUGUCGCAGGUUCUUGAUCAAUGGAAACAAAGGCAGAGCGCGACUAGGUCGGUUAGAUCCUCUUCCCGAUAUUCCAGUUCGCACUGGUUCCCCCCAAGAGACUAUGCUACCUCUCGAUGUGGUGCGGCAGCUCUAUGGAGACAAUUCUGCCCUUAAUUUGCAACGGUGGCUUCAAGAAGUGGGACUUCCAGUUUAG